GGCGGCGCGCGGGCCCGCGGGGUCAGUCGGAGCGCGGCGCCGAGCGGAGCGGAGCCGAGCCGGGCACAGCCGGGCACCAGCGCCGACAGCCACCGCAGGCACACCGGAGCGAGCGCACGAUGAUAAACACCCAGGACAGUAGUAUCCUACCUUUGAGUAACUGUCCCCAGCUGCAGUGCUGCAGGCACAUCGUUCCAGGGCCUCUGUGGUGCUCCGAUGCCCCUCACCCACUGUCGAAGAUCCCCGGUGGGCGAGGGGGUGGCAGGGAUCCUUCUCUUUCAGCUCUGAUAUAUAAGGAUGAGAAGAUCACUGUUAGCCAAGAUGUCCCAGUGCAUGAAGGGAAGCCUCACAUUGUCCACUUCCAGUACAAGGUCACAGAGGUGAAGACCUCCUCCUGGGAUGCAGUGCUCUCAAACCAGAGCCUCUUUGUGGAAAUCCCUGAUGGGUUAUUAGCUGAUGGAAGCAAAGAAGGGUUGUCAGCACUGCUGGAGUUUGCUGAAGAAAAAAUGAAAGUCAACUAUGUCUUCAUCUGCUUCAGAAAAAGCAGAGAAGAUCGAGCUCCACUCCUGAAGACAUUCAGCUUCUUGGGCUUCGAGAUCGUGCGACCCGGCCAUCCCGCUGUCCCGUCGCGGCCCGACGUGAUGUUCAUGGUGUACCCCCUGGAGCAGAGCUCUUCCUCCGACGAAGAAUAGCUGCACAGGGGAACUCCAGUGGGACCCUAACAUGCUGUGGAGGGGAGAGAGGACCACCUCCUUUCCUGAGGAGAGGGAAGCAGAGCUUCUGUUGGACUGCAAGCGCAUUUCUCAUUGUUAGAUUGGGCUGUGUAUCCCGAGUUGACUCUCAUUGAAACAUGUUGCCUAGAGAACUAUCUAUCACACAUGUAAUCAUCAUUAGGAAAAGGAAGAUGUUUAUGAACUGGCA